AAUUUUGUUGAACAUUAAUAAUCCAGGCAUGCAAAUUCUCGGCUGUAUAACUCAAUUUUCCACCUUUUCGUGAAAUUGAUUACGUCUGUAUCUGGUAUCUAAGGAAGAAGUUGUAAAUUGAGAUUUGUCACGGUUGGUGUUCUUUUGUGUGUGUGGUUGGGCUGGCAUUUGUAAUGUUAAACGGCAGGUCAUGAUUGAUUUUUAAUUUUGGCAAGGAGUCUGAUUCUCGCAUGUCAUCAGCGUAUUAAACGGCGACUGCUGCUAUUCCUGCUGCACGAUCAUAACAAACAAAAUGGCCGCUUACGUGGGCUCCCUCAGUCGAAGGGUCUUCAGAAGUUACCUAAAUCUCAAUCUGUAUCAGGCAAGACAACUCUCAACCAAACCUCAAGCAGAAUCAACAGCAAAGGAUAUAAACAUCACUGACAGUUGUGCCAAGCAUCUUGCUAAGAUCAAUGAAGGAAAGCAGCAUCUGAGAGUGUCUGUGGAGGGAGGAGGCUGCUCUGGCUUUCAGUGUUUGUUUAACCUGGACUCUGAGCAAAACAUUCAGGAAGAUGACAGGAUAUUUGAGAGAGACGGUGUGAAGGUGAUCGUUGAUGAGGUGUCACUGGAGUACAUCAAAGGAGCCACCGUGGACUACCACGAGGAACUGAUCCGCUCUGCCUUCAGGGUCAUCAAUAUACCCAUGUCUGAAAACGGCUGCUCAUGCGGCGUCUCCUUCUCUCUUAAACUCUAACCCCGAAAACUUUAUCAGGAAAUCAUAUAUCAACAUUGAGGUAUGGUUACAGCCAGGGCUCGAAUGUGGUGGAAAAACUCCACAAGACUGCAGGCAGGCCUCGAAAUUGCUGUGGUGCCCUGUGCUUUUGCUGUGGUGCCCUGGG